AUGUUCGACUGCGAUUUCAAGACCCUGCAAACCUCUGUUGACUGGCAUACAGAUUGCAGAGAGUGCAAAGCCAACGAUUCUGAAGCUGCAUUACUCAAGUGUGUAUUUGAGAUUACUGAGGACAAAACAAGUCUUCUCCCCUGGGCAGGCAGUGGAGACGUCAUGAACAAUAAGGAGCGGAUCAAUUGGCAGGCUUUACGCCGCAUGAUCGCACUGAACGAUCAAUUGGUAGAGACAGGGCACAAAGCCGCGAACGAACUGCAACUUUGUCUGGAUGCUGUCGCAGCUGGACUCAGGGAAGAACAGGAGGAAGCGAUGAUCAAGAAAGGCUUGCAGCAUCUGAUCAGUCUUGCGAAAGGCCCAUGCAAGUGGCUUUUGAAGGCACGAGUUAGCAGCGAAGACGUAUGGCUGAUAACGGAAGAUACGAUUGCUUAA